AUUAAUCCCAUUUCAUAUUUUUCAUUCGUUAAAUCGAGCUUACCUACUCUGCUACCUUGGAAUUCCCUCUUACCUGCUUGAUUAUUUUGACAUUAUUCUACUUUUUCUAGAGAGAGAAAGUAGAGGAGAGAGAGAGAGAGAGAGAGAGAGAGAGAGAAUCUUGAACAAGCACCCUCCGACCAAUGAGGAUUAAUUGUAUAAUUUCAAAGUUUCAAACUUUUCUUCAGACAACUUCAAUCCACAUCUUCUUCAUCCAAAUUUCUUGAUUCUUGAAUUAUGUAGCACUAGCUUUCAACCAGCAACCAAAAACCCACUUAUUAGAUUCAAGUAAAAAAAAUCAAGAUCUCCAUUUAUCUUGUAAAAAGUUUGACUUUUUCGAAGAACCCACUUCACAAAAUCUGGUCUCUAGUUAGAUUUCGUAAAUGAUGGGGGAGGAAGAGAGACUCCCAACUCAGAGAGAUGGAGCGGAGGAGAUUCACUCGAAGCCCGAAAAUGGGGCCCGAACCUGUGUCUGCGGCCCGAUUUACUGGUUCAGAAUGCUGGCGAAAGAAUUGCAUUGGAGCUUUGUGUUUGGGGUAGUGAUCGUGUACGGCAUGAGCCAAGGGCUAGGUGGAGCUCUGGCUAUGGUGGGGACAGAGUAUUACAUGAAGGAUGUGCAGAAAGUGCAGCCAUCUGAUGCACAGUUUUACUCUGGGAUCACUUCGAUUCCUUGGAUUGUUAAACCUAUUUGGGGCCUUCUUACAGAUGUUGUUCCGGUUUUCGGGUAUCAUCGGAAACCUUAUUUCCUCUUUGCUGGUUUCAUGGGAGUCUUUGCCAUGCUUUUCGUAUCCAUUCACAAGGAAGUUCACAUAGUAUUGGCACUGCUUUCGUUGACAGCUGGCAGUGCCAGUGUGGCGAUUGCUGAUGUCACUGUCGAUGCAUGUGUAGCGCAGAAAAGUGGGAUCCAUCCUUCUUUAGCAGCCGACAUCCAAAGCUUGUGUGCUUUGAGUGCUGCCAUUGGUUCGCUCGUCGGAUUUUCUUUUAGUGGUAUCUUUGUUCACUUAAUCGGACCCCAGGGGGUGUUUGGCUUGUUGACAAUACCAGCUUGGCUCGUGUUAUUAGUUGGUCUUCUCCUCAAAGAAAAUCGAAUAUCUAACUUUCCUUACGAACAGAUGAACCAGAACUUUCUCAAAGCUGGUAAAUCGAUGUGGAAGACGUUGAAAUGCCCCGAAGUGUGGAGGCCGUGUCUAUACAUGUAUCUAUCAUUUUCGUUGUCUCUAAGUAUUUCCGAGGGUAUGUUCUAUUGGGCAACAGAUUCAAAAGACGGUCCAUCGUUUUCUAAGGAAAUAAUUGGUUAUGUAAUGGCAAUCGGCUCGAUAGGCUCACUUCUUGGAGCUAUAUUAUACCAAUACGGGCUUAAAAACUGCCCUUUUCGAGAUCUACUCAUGUGGGCCCAAAUACUAUCUUGCCUAUCCGGAAUGCUCGAUUUAGCACUCGUGCUUAGGUGGAAUUUAAAAUUAGGAAUACCCGAUUAUUUCUUCGUUGUGAUCGAUGCCAGCGUGUCGCAGUUGAUCGGGCGGCUCAAAUGGAUGCCGCUUCUUGUCCUGAGCUCGAAGCUGUGUCCAGCUGGCAUCGAGGGCACCUUUUUCGCGUUGCUAAUGUCGAUCGACAACUUUGGCCUUCUCACUUCCUCUUGGUUUGGGGGUUUGUUGCUUCGCGUGUUGAAGGUUACGAGGACGGAGUUUGGUAAUUUGUGGGUGGCUGUUUUGGUGAGGAAUUUGUUGAGGAUUAGUCCGCUUUUUCUGCUGUUUUUGGUUCCGAAGGGUGAUCCGAAUUCUGCGAUUCUCUCGGAUGAGGUUUUGAAUUUAAAAGUGGUCGAUGAAGAAAAUCGAGAAAAUGAAAAUGUCGAGCUCGUUUCUCUUGUUCGUAGCUCGGAUUCCGAUGGUAGAUAGAUUUUAUUUGCAUUGUUAUAUGUAGGAAGAAUUUUGAAAGAUAUAUACACAUAGGCUUAUUAUUUACACAAUAUACAGAUUUCUUGAGGAUACUUAUUUUUAUUUUAUUUUUUUAAUCAAUUGUAUUCUUUCAUUUUCUUAUAUAUUAUACAUUCACAAUCAAUAUAAUAUUGCAGAGUUACUUUACUUU